UUCAGAAUCACACUUGGUAACUAAUAAUGAAAGAUUUCAAACCCCAAACAGUGCAACUGAAACUUUUGCAUUACUAUACUACUGAGAAUAUCUAACAUGUUGUUACUAAUCAACGUCAUUCUGACCUUGUGGGUUUCCUGUGCUAAUGGACAAGAAGUGAAACCUUGUGAUUUUCCAGAAAUUCAACAUGGAGGUCUAUAUUAUAAGAGUUUGCGUAGACUAUACUUUCCAGCAGCUGCAGGACAAUCUUAUUCCUAUUACUGUGAUCAAAAUUUUGUGACUCCUUCAGGAAGUUACUGGGAUUACAUUCAUUGCACACAAGAUGGUUGGUCGCCAACAGUCCCAUGCCUCAGAACAUGCUCAAAAUCAGAUGUAGAAAUUGAAAAUGGAUUCAUUUCUGAAUCUUCCUCUAUUUAUAUUUUAAAUGAAGAAACACAAUAUAAUUGUAAACCAGGAUAUGCAACAGCAGAUGGAAAUUCUUCAGGAUCAAUUACAUGUUUGCAAAAUGGAUGGUCAACACAACCAAUUUGCAUUAAAUUUUGUGAUAUGCCUGUUUUUGAGAAUUCCAGAGCCAAGAGUAAUGGCAUGUGGUUUAAGCUCCAUGACACAUUGGACUAUGAAUGCUAUGAUGGAUAUGAAAGCAGUUAUGGAAACACCACAGAUUCCAUAGUGUGUGGUGAAGAUGGCUGGUCCCAUUUGCCAACAUGCUAUAAUUCUUCAGAAAACUGUGGGCCUCCUCCACCUAUUAGCAAUGGAGAUACCACGUCCUUCCCGCAAAAAGUGUAUCUGCCAUGGUCAAGAGUCGAGUACCAGUGCCAGUCCUACUAUGAACUUCAGGGUUCUAAAUAUGUAACAUGUAGUAAUGGAGAGUGGUCAGAACCACCAAGAUGCAUAUCAAUGAAACCUUGUGAGUUUCCAGAAAUUCAACAUGGACAUCUAUAUUAUGAGAAUAUGCGUAGACUAUACUUUCCAGUAGCUACAGGACAAUCUUACUCCUAUUACUGUGACAAAAAUUUUGUGACUCCUUCAGGAAGUUACUGGGAUUACAUUCACUGCACACAAGAUGGGUGGUCGCCAACAGUCCCAUGCCUCAGAACAUGCUCAAAAUCAGAUGUAGAAAUUGAAAAUGGAUUCAUUUCUGAAUCUUCCUCUAUUUAUAUUUUAAAUGAAGAAACACAAUAUAAUUGUAAACCAGGAUAUGCAACAGCAGAUGGAAAUUCUUCAGGAUCAAUUACAUGUUUGCAAAAUGGAUGGUCAACACAACCAAUUUGCAUUAAAUUUUGUGAUAUGCCUGUUUUUGAGAAUUCCAGAGCCAAGAGUAAUGGCAUGUGGUUUAAGCUCCAUGACACAUUGGACUAUGAAUGCUAUGAUGGAUAUGAAAGCAGUUAUGGAAACACCACAGAUUCCAUAGUGUGUGGUGAAGAUGGCUGGUCCCAUUUGCCAACAUGCUAUAAUUCUUCAGAAAACUGUGGGCCUCCUCCACCUAUUAGCAAUGGAGAUACCACGUCCUUCCCGCAAAAAGUGUAUCUGCCAUGGUCAAGAGUCGAGUACCAGUGCCAGUCCUACUAUGAACUUCAGGGUUCUAAAUAUGUAACAUGUAGUAAUGGAGAGUGGUCAGAACCACCAAGAUGCAUAUCAAUGAAACCUUGUGAGUUUCCAGAAAUUCAACAUGGACAUCUAUAUUAUGAGAAUAUGCGUAGACUAUACUUUCCAGUAGCUACAGGACAAUCUUACUCCUAUUACUGUGACAAAAAUUUUGUGACUCCUUCAGGAAGUUACUGGGAUUACAUUCACUGCACACAAGAUGGGUGGUCGCCAACAGUCCCAUGCCUCAGAACAUGCUCAAAAUCAGAUAUAGAAAUUGAAAAUGGAUUCAUUUCUGAAUAUUCCUCUAUUUAUAUUUUAAAUAAAGAAAUACAAUAUAAAUGUAAACCAGGAUAUGCAACAGCAGAUGGAAAUUCUUCAGGAUCAAUUACAUGUUUGCAAAAUGGAUGGUCAACACAACCAAUUUGCAUUAAAUUUUGUGAUAUGCCUGUUUUUGAGAAUUCCAGAGCCAAGAGUAAUGGCGUGCUGUUUAAGCUCCAUGACACAUUGGACUACGAAUGUUACGAUGGAUAUGAAAUCAGUUAUGGAAACACCACAGGUUCCAUAGUGUGUGGUGAAGAUGGGUGGUCCCAUUUGCCAACAUGUUAUAAUUCUUCAGAAAAGUGUGGGCCUCCUCCACCUAUUAGCAAUGGAGGUACCACCUCCUUUCUACUAAAAUUGUAUGUGCCACAGUCAAGAGUCGAGUACCAAUGCCAGCCCUACUAUGAACUUCAGGGUUCUAAUUAUGUAACAUGUAGUAAUGGAGAGUGGUCAGAACCACCAAGAUGCAUACGAAUGUCGGCCUGGGGUGGUGGCUCAUGCCUGUAGCCCCAGCACUUUGGAAGGCCGAGGCAGGCAGAUCACGAGGUCAGGAGUUCGAGAUCAGCCUGACCAACAUGGUGAACCCUGUCUCUACAAAAAAUACAAAAAUUAGCCAGGCAUGCUGGCAUAUGCCUGUAAUCCUAGCUACUCAGGAGGGUGAGGCAGGAGAAUCAUCUGAACCCGGGAGGCAGAGGUUGCAGUGAGCGGAGAUUGCACCAUUGCCCUCCAGCCUGGGCGACAGAGGGAGACUCCGUCUCCAAAAAUAAAAAAAUAAAAAAUAAAAAAUAAAUAAAUAAAACAGAAGAAGAAGAAAAGAAAAAGAGAAAAAGAAAAAACCAAGAAUGUUCAGAGUCUUCAAUUUGUUAAUGGAUACAAUGAGUCUUCUAGAAUGACAUCCAUUUAUUGCGCACAUAUGAAAUAUGGCAUCUCAGCUUAACACCAGUAAUCAUUUUCACAUUAUUAACACUGAGGUAGAGUUUUCAAACAGUUAUGAAAACACUGUUUCAAAAAACCACGAACUAUUAAAUCCUCCUUGAAAACAUGAAAUUUUUCCUGAUAGAAUGCAAAGCUGGUUAACACUGAGAAGUUCUUUCUCUGAUUAUUAUUCUUACUUAUAUUUUAUCAGUAUUCCUAGCAAGCAACAAAGAAAUUAACGAAACUUCAGCCAUUUCCACAACCCAUUGCUUUUCCAUUUUUACCUUAUUCUCCUCUUCCCUUAUACCAGAAUCAAAAUGAAUACCCUAAAAACCCCUCAAGCCAGUAAUAUAGGUAUACUUCUAGAAUUUUGUCCCCCAAGUACUAUGAACUUGAAGCAACACAAUUCAAAAAAAUAUAAGCCACAAUAAUUAUAGCAACAACAAGAAAACCUAAAAGAAAACUUGCCACAAGUUUCUACUAGCCUAUGAGGUAGAGCCCUGGGAUACCCAUCAGGCCUUGCAUGUCAGAUAACCUAUUCCUAUCACAGUUCUUAAACUAUAAGUUCAUGAGUUUUUCAAGUGCUCAAGUUCCUAAGUAAAGGAUGAUACAAGCCGUUCUUUUCUGUGAUGUGACUCAUUUCCUUUAUUUUGAUGCUAUGCUACCUUUUACCUUUCAUAUUGACUGAUGACGCUGAUAUUUUGGCUGAUCUUACAAUGGGCUAAACCUUAAUUACUGUCCCCUACUUAAGUAUCCACUUCUGUAGAUGAUCAUGUCCAAGUUUGAGCUCCAAACUAUGCAAGUGGCAAGACUGAAGAAGAAAUUAGUAUCCUCAAAUCAAAAUAGUUUACAAGUAUCUUCAAACUUGAUUUCAUAGAAAAGUGUUAGGUUUCAGAGAUAAAUUCUGAGUCUCAAAUUUGAUUGACUGAGGAGAUGGACACUCCUAAGAUGGGUUUCACAGCAAAAGCAUUACCUCUUCUCACAAUCAAGAACAGGAAAGGAUUAUAAUUAUCUGAAGAUACAAGAUCAGUUCCAUGAUACAAGCAAGACUUUCAGUCUUCAAAACUAAAGAAGCAAAGAGCAUUCAAGCACAGAAUUCUAGGGAAAAAGGCAACCUUAUGGAAAAGAUUACAUAUACAUAUGGCAUAUUAAAGCAAUGAGGAAAACUUUCCCAGGCAGCAGGAAACUUUAGAAAGUUUUGGAAAAUAUGUUUGGAGAAGUAUUUAGAGUUCAAAUAAUAUUUAUUUUUGAAUUGUAAACAGCCCCUGAAUGUAUUGAAGAGCUCUUAAAAAUUUUUGGAUUUCAAAAGUGAUAUGUACUAUGUUAAGAAAUUUAUUUAAGUAAGUACUUGAAAGAUGUAUUAAAAUAUGAUUGGGGAAAUUUCUAAAGAAAUGCUAAUGCUAAUAAGGGCUAAACGAGAAUGCAGAAUACUUGAGUCAAAAGAAGAGAUAGGUGAGUGAAUGAUAUCAUCAAAAAUGAAAAGCUUGCUAUGUAAGAACUGACACUUUUAUCAUGUAAGAAUUAGGCUUAAUACCUAGGGUAUGGGUUGAUAGGUACAGCAAACCACCAUGGCACACAUUUACCUAUGGAACAAACCUGCAUAUCCCGCACAUGUACCCUGGAACUUAAAAAAAAAUUAUAAAUUUUUUUACAAAAGAAUUUUAUAAAAGAAAACCCAUAUGUGGAAGUAACAUUAUCUUACUGAUUUUACAGAUGAAGGCAUAGUGAGAUAGAGUAAUUUGUCCAUAAUCAUGUAGGGAUUCAUAUUUACUCUGUGUGCUUAUCCUUGCCUCUCUUUAAAAUAGAAAAUGAAGAUGACAGGGAUAGAUGAUGGUGAUAGAGAGAGAGAUAACUGAUAGAUAUUGAGGUAUAUUUAUGUAUGUAUGUAUGUAUGUAUAUAUAGUUUCAUUUUAAUAGAUGACUAUUAGAAAGAUUAUACCUUUCUACAGUUCUGUUUCUACAUUGUGGGCAUAAGAGAAAAAUAUAAACAUAGAAUUAAAUUAGCAAAAUGUGAGUACAUUUGGAGUGCUUGUAGUCACGGCUUGUCGAAUGGGGGAAAGGAGGAUAGGUAACCAUGACUCCAAUGGAACAUGUUAGCAUAAUCCUUUUUGAUAUGAAGUCACUAGGGUGGACACAACAUGUUUUAGGGAAGAAGAGUUCAGCCUCUAGAGAAAGACUGCCAGGGUUCACGUUUAUCACCUCACCUGAUGAUCUCUGCUGUGACGUUGGGGAAGUGCAACUGAACUUAUUAUAUUUGUGAAAUGCUAAAGUCAGUAUGUAGCACAAGUUAAUAACUAUUAACUAUUUGGAUUAUUUUAUAAUUUUAUUUUAUCCUAAACUACUCAUUAGGAUGCAUUUUAUUUGCUCAUGAAAGAGAAGAUUAUGAUUGUUAAUUGUUUUUUUCUGCUUUCAGAUCCAUGUAUAAUAACUGAAAAAAACAUGAAUAAAAAUAACAUAAAGUUAAAAGGAAGAAAUGACAGAAAAUAUUAUGCAAAAACAGGGGAUACCAUUGAAUUUAUGUGUAAAUUGGGAUAUAAUGCAAAUACAUCAAUUCUAUCAUUUCAA